ACUUUACAACAUUUAUUUUUAGUCUUGCAAUUCCAGUGCAGAGGUGUCGCUACGAAUUUUAAUGUUCCAAUUUUGCCUAAUAUCAUUAAUGGUGAUUGUCCUCCUUAUGUUUCACUAAACCAUUUGAAGGGACUCUGUUGCCUGACAGGUCCCCUUGGUCUGAUCCAGUACCGGCGUCAAUUUAUGGAGUGCCUUGUUGAUGGUCGCAUGCUGGAGCAUCUGACGAAGCGCGAUCUGCGCCUGCAUCUCAAGGUGAUUGAUGGCUUUCACCGCCUCAGCAUUCAAUGUGGCAUCGCCCUGCUGAAGCGCUUCAACUACGACCUCGAUUUUCAAAUUUCGUUAUCAGAUUUAAUUGUGUGGACAAAUGACCGCGUGACCAGUUGGCUAUCCUCUCUGGGCAUUAUCAAUACGUGCAUCAGUCUCGACCAGUCAGGACUGCACGGCGCCGUGAUAUCUCUUGAUGCGGAAAUGGACACUCCUACUCUAGCCAUGAUGCUCCAAGUACCUAAUUCAAGCACAGAAGCCAGGUAUGCCUUCUACUUGGAGUUUAUGCUCUCAGCUGUAGGCGGCAUGAUGUAA